CAGUACAGGAUGCGCCUUGGGUCAGGGGGAUGUGAAAGCCCUCAGUCUUUGUGCUCCUCCCUGGGCCAGAGCGUCUGCGUCUGAGCCCUUGGUUGUUCUUGGAGUUCAGCUGUGCCUGUGGCUGUCACCGCAGGGCCAUCAGCCCCCCGCCGGGAGGGACACGGGGCCAUGAUGGCCACCUGCGCCGGGCUGCCGCUGCUGCUGCUGCUGCUGAGGCUGCUUCUGGGCCAGCCCCGGGCGGGGGCCGGCGCUCACAGGGUGGCUGCGGUGUGCGCGGGCAGGGCCUGCUACACGGCGCACUGGGGCAAGCUGAGUGCGGCCGAGGCCCAGCUUCACUGCAGCAGGAACGGCGGCAACCUGGCCACGGUGAGGAGUGAGGAGGAGGCCUGGCACACCCAGCGAGCCCUCACCCAGCUCCUGGAGUCGGAGGCGCCCCUGGCAGCUCGGAUGGGAAAGUUCUGGAUCGGGCUCCAGCGCGAGAAGGCCAAGUGCUUGGACCCCAGCCUGCCGCUGAAAGGCUUCAGCUGGGUGGGCGGCGGGGAGGACACGCUUUACACCAACUGGAAUAAGGAGGUGAGGAGCUCUUGCAUCUCCAGGCGCUGUGUGUCCCUGCUGCUCUAUCUGUCCCAGCCUUCCCAUGCCAGCCAUCUCCCCAAGUGGUCCGAGGGCCCCUGCGGGAGCCCGGGCUCUCCAGGAAGCAACAUCGAAGGCUUCGUGUGCAAGUUCAGUUUCAAAGGCAUGUGCCAGCCUCUGGCUCUGGGGGGCCCAGGCCGGGUGAACUACACGACCCCGUUCAAUGCCACCAGCUCUUCCCUGGAGGCCGUGCCCUUUGGCUCCGCAGCUACCGUGGUCUGUGGGGCCGGGGAAGGCGGUCAGGAGGAUUACUUCAUGUGCAGGGAGAAGGCCCCUGAUGUGUUUGACUGGGGCAGCUCAGGCCCCCUCUGCGUCAGCCCCCAGUAUGGGUGCAGCUUCAACAACGGGGGCUGCCAGCAGGACUGCUUCGAGGGGGGCGACGGCUCCUUCCGCUGCGGCUGCCGGCCGGGCUUCCGGCUGCUCGACGACCUGGUGACCUGUGCCUCCCGGGACCCUUGCAGCUCCAGCCCGUGCCAGGGGACAGCCACCUGUGUCCCGGCACCCCACGGGAAGAACUACACGUGCCGCUGCCCCCAGGGCUACCAGCUGGACUCUAGUCAGCAGGACUGUGUGGACAUGGACGAGUGCCAGGACUCCCCCUGCCCACAGGCCUGUGUCAACGCCCCUGGGGGCUUCCGCUGUGAGUGCUGGGUGGGCUACGAGCCCGGCGGCCCCGGGGAGGAGCCCUGUCGGGAUGUGGACGAGUGUGCCCCCGGCCGCUCGCCCUGCGCCCAGGAGUGCACCAACACCGACGGCUCCUUCUACUGCUCCUGCGAGAAGGGCUAUGUUCUGGCCGGGGCAGAAGGCACCGAGUGCCAGGACGUGGACGAGUGUGCGGACACGGACAAUGGCCUUUGUGACAGCUUGUGCCUCAACACGCAGGGGUCCUUCCGCUGCGGCUGCCUGCCGGGCUGGGAGCUGGGCCCGGACGGGGUCUCGUGCACCCUGGGCCCCACGUCCCUGGCACCGCCGUCUGGGCCUUCCCAGGGGGGGGAUGCGGGAGUUAGAGAGGGGAAACUCGUGCAUUCUGCCACAAUGUCCAGGGACCCUGAGGGUACCUCCAAGGAGACACCCACCGCAAAAGGAACCUCCCUCCCACGCAAUUCCCCCGUUACCCUGGCCACACCCCACGUGCCGGCUCCCAGUGGGCCCCCUGGUGUCUGGAUGGAGCCCAGCACCCAUCACCCUCUGGCCACCCCUGGCCGUGGGGAGAGUACAGAUGAGGAUUUCACAGCCAAACAAAGCGAUGAGGGCACCGACGGACAAAAGCUGCUGUUGUUCUACAUCCUGGGCACCGUGGUGGCCAUCUUACUCUUACUGGCUCUGGCUCUAGGGCUACUGGUCUAUCGCAAGCGGAGAGCAAAGAGAGAGGAGGAGAAGGAGAAAAAGCCCCAGAACGCAGCUGACGGCUACUCCUGGGCUCCAGAGCGAGCUGAGAGCAGGGCUUUGGAGAAUCAGUACAGUCCGACGCCGGGGACGGACUGCUGAAGGUGAGAUGGCCCCAGAGACGCUGACAAUCGGCCACCACCGUCCUCAGAGUUUUACGCACCCCGUCAGAAGGGGGGGCACAUCCUUCCAAAAGACUGGACUGGAAUCUUAGCAAACAGUUGUAAACAUUCUUAAAAGCUGGCCACUUGGAAAAUACAGGUAUUUUCUAUGUGUGUGGUAUUCUUGAAGUGGAAGCAAUGUGUUGGGAUGUCAUUUCGGGAAUUUUGUGAAUAUUAACAGUUCUCACUCACUUAUCUUGUCAAAUUCAAAUGUGACUGAUUUCAUGUCUGCCACUGAUUCUGGAUCAAGGGCUUACAAGUCAGGUGCUAAUGGGGCUCCUUUUGAACUGCUUCUCUGCUCGCUGGAAUCAUCUAAGAAGAAAAGAUGGUCUGUUAAUGCUAUUAGGAUUGGAAUGAUUUGUUCCUCUUGGUAGAACAGAGACUAAAUCAAUUGUUUAAUUACGUAAGAAGCUUUUUUUUUUUCUUUUUUUUGGUCAAAAGGAACAUAUUCAGGACUGGAAACAUUUCUUUUCAUUUGUGUUCAUGCAUUUUCCCAUCACAAGCCCUGCUGAGCUUUAUGGUUGGAGUCCUGCAGAAUGACCAGAGUACACUGAUCUGCUUAGGUAGCAAGGAUGCUGGAAGUUUAGAAAUUGCAUUUCCUAGUUCUUAGUGUCUCUAAUGGUCUUGGGUUUAUUUGCAAGUGAAGUCUGGAAAGUGUGGGAGAAGUAUGAAGUGAGUUGAAAGUGUUUUUGAAAGCACGUACUCCAAAGAGCUUGAGAGAGAAGCCCGGGGUUUGUUCCACAAAUACUUGAAUCAAUCCUUCUAAAUGCACUUGCAUUUAACACACACUUACUAUUGAUGAGGUGAAUGCGCACAAGGAUAAAAGCUGGACACGUCUUGUCUCUGGGUGAGUGCAGCCCCGAGACACCUCCCAUGCCACCUGCCUUCUCUGCGUGCUGUUCUGGAUUUAAAUGCUCUGAUCUUAGAUGGAUGAAGCCCUGAGAAGUCUCUCAUUCUGAUUAUUAAGGCUGUGUGAGGGGGAUGAGAUGCUGAGUUUUGAAAGCUGGCAUCAUAAGGCAUUUUAACAUAGCUCACAGCUGGUAUUGCUUCUUGAGAACAUGAUCCUGACUUGUGGCUGUAGCUUGCAAGAAAGGGACUGGGCAGGCAGGACGCUGUCCCCUUUCUGCUUGAAGAAGUUUGUCACGUUUUUUUCUAUUUCUUAAAAAAAGUGGGGGAGAUGGGAUGGAGAAGAAAAAAGAGAAUAGCUAAAAUCUUUUGCAACCACAAAAACCACUCAAGGCAGUUUUAAUUUAUUUUUAAAUGCUCGCUUGCAAAGGUUUCCCUUCCCUGUGUAGUGGUGGAGAGUACUCUCUCCCCAUGCAGUUCUGCCUGGGUCACUGGAAAACAGCUCAGGGAUUCACCAAUGGUCAGAGCUAGCACCGGGAGACCGCAGGUCAUCUGCAGGCUUGUUGCUGUCACCUUGUAGAACAGAACGGGAGUGUAUUUCCUUCUAGGGAUCCCAAAAUCUGCCUCUCAGAACCAGGGUGCCCUACUUGGUUUUGCCUUAGAAACACAUCUGUCCCAGAGGCGGACACCUGGGGCAUGAGGAGCUGCCAGGUGCAUGGCCCUCAGAGUUAAAUAAAUAUACUUUAGAUAUUUUUGAAAUGUAGAUGCUAUAUUUCAGGGUUUUUUUUUUUUUAAGGAAAUGGGUAACUGAAGGAGUGGGUAUAAGGAAAGAUGAAGGUUUUGGAGGACUUAGCAUGGUAUUUGGAACUUUUGCUUUUUAAAGACAUCUAAUAUUAUAUAGAUUUCAGUUGAAAUACUGGUGCUUAACACCCAAGGAGGCAAAGGUUGUAUCCACCAGCCAUAGGACCCUUGGCCGUCUGUUGUGUGGGAAACAACCAUGCCACUAUUCAGAUGAUUUCAAAGAGUUGGCCGGAUGCGUUGCUGACAAUAUUGGCACUUACAUGAAAUAAAUGCAAAUUCAACAGUUUUAGCUCCAGGCUUUUACGAUGCUACCUUGUCACUAGAAGGAAGGAGACAUUCCUGUUCUAGGCUUCCCCUAAGGCCCUGUGGGGAACUGUGGGACUUGUACUGGCUGAGAUCCCCAAGUGUGCUCGCUCAUUUUUAGAGUCGGAUUUCUUCUGCGGUGCAGCCCCGAUUUUGACCUCUAUGUUUGAAUCCCUCCAUGGGUAAAACACCCUAUCCCAACAGCGUGAAGACCUCAGAUCCCCACUGUGAAACAUGCAAGGGGAGAAAUGGGCUGAUAAAUAUUUUCUCAAUAUCCCCUCCAGCAGAAUCUGCCCCUGCCUGGGUAGAUGAGCCCUACCUUGUCUCCCGGCCACUCAAACCAGCGGCCAAGAUCCCAGAACUGGAUGCCCUUAGGCAGUGAAUCUGAUGAACACUGCUGCUUCCAACAAAUGCUGUUCUCCUAUUUCAUACCUCUGUCAUUUUGUCUGAGGGAUGUGAAUCCUUGUUUGGGGAGAUGGGGGCCCACAGCAGUGGACACACAAAUGCCCACUGGCUGCUUGGCCAUUGGUCAAUAGUCCUUUUAUCCAGAAGCUCCCCAAGUGCCUGGGCCAUGACACAGCCUGAGAAAUGGAAGGGAUGGAGCAUGGGAGAGGUAGGCUCUGCCAUGUACAGACUCCUCCAGCUGUGUCCAACAGACCAGGCACUGUUCUGUCCCUGAGCUGCCGAGCAGCAGAAUGGCCAGGGCGAUGGAGAAAGGGAGACAGCUUCACUUGGCUGUCUUGAAUUAGCUUGAAUUAGCUCUAAGACAAUGGAGACUUUUGUCCAAAUAGAAUUUCCCAUACUUCAAUAAUUCCAGGAUGCACUUGAAAAAACUGUAUUCAGAACAAACCCACCCCGUCCCGUCCCCUCUCUCUAAGGCAGAUCAUUUAAGGAGAGGAUGCAGCCCACUAUACUCCUUCCUGAAUUUCCGGGAUGCUCCCUGCUCUUUGCUCUUGUUCAUUUGCACACGUGAUGAAGAACAAGCCCCACCCCAGAAUCUGAGGAGUGUAUAAAGCAAAAGUGGGGCAAUUAUCUGAAAAUGCCUUGGGAGUGGUGGACCUGGUGGGGCUUUUUGUAGGGUGCAUGCACUGCUACUCAACAUUGUGACCUUGAGGCUGGUGUCCCUUUGGUUCAUCCACAUGCCUGAUUAUCAUAACCAUGAUAUCUGGCGCUACACAGCCGAAUGGUGUUUUCCGGGCAGCAUAAAAGUGAAUGACUCAAGUGGGUUUCUUCUUAAGGACAGGAGGGAUGCAGGCUAACAUCCUCCCUGUGAUUAGGCAAAAAGGUGGAAUAAAAAGUUAAACACAUAUGCGAACGUGUUUAUGUACAUGGUAUAGGAAGAACUAAGUUGGAAAUGAAUCUCUGUCCCUGAAACACAUGUGCAUGUUGCUAUUCUUACAUUCCAUUCAGGAGCCCCUGUUUGAACACAUCCUGAUAGGACCUGGAGUUUUAUCACCGAAUGACCUUUGGAGAAUAUGGACGUGAUCAUUAGCUAAUUUUAUUCCAGCCCUCUUUCCCACAAAUAUUCCUGUGAAAACUAAGAGAACAGAGGCAAGAUUUGACCCCAAAAAUGUACUACAUUCAAAAUAAUGCAGUUUUUAAAAGCAAAUAUAGGACAGCCUUUUCCUAUUAUUUUUCUCCUUAGCUUCUCCAUUGUCUGAAUCAGGAAAACAGGAAAGCAUGGCUUUCUAGCAGCUGCAAAAUGGUGUAAUGUCCCCUCCAUAUUUCCAACACCUUAAACAAUAGAUUUAGCAUGGAAUCUGAGAUAUGAUCCCUGAAAACAUCUGUCCCUAUCUGGUUGCAAAACCUCCUGCUAUGUCUAUGUGGUUUGUGGUGUUUGUCAACCAAAAAAAAAAAAAAAAAAAAAAAAAAAAAAAAGAAGCUGAUAAUCAAAAUUCUCCAUGUAUUCUAUAAUCAAAUACCAUAUUCCAUUCCAGAUUCCCAAAACUAAUACUCAUCAAAAUGCUUUAAAAAAAAAUGAUUUGUGUUUUGACCUGUUCUUGGAGAUCAUGCCCAUCUAUUUUAGGAAGAAACUCUGGAAAUUCUGUCUUACACUGUUCCUCUUAUCUACAAGGGUUUCCUUUCUGCAGAUUUUGCCCACCGUUCUUCCAGGCUGGGUUCUUUAUGCAUAUUUGGCUGAAGCUUGAAUUAGGUCAUUCACAAGGCCUUGUUUUGUGAUACUUGAUGCGACUCUAAAUGUCAAUCAUCACUGCAUGCGCGCUAGAUGAGAAUGUAAGUAUUUUUAAAUCUGUGGAUUUGAAAUGUGGUCCACUAAUUCUGCCAUUGUGGGAUUUCUCUGUAGGGCUUCUUUCUGUCCUGGGCACGACUGUUUCCCAGGGCGGGGAGGACAGGCUUGGCCGCUGCGUCGGCCUUAUGACUCUGAGAAGCCAAGGGGCAUCUCAGGUCCGCCUCAACGAAUAGCCUGCUUGUUGUCCUUUGUGUUUUAUGUCACAUGCCUAACCUAAUAAACUCUGGAAUGCA